AGAUCGACUCCCCAUAAAGCUGGACCACUCUACUUCUCUCACUUGCAGGGUCGCCUCUUUGCAAAAACAACGCAACGCCACACACUCUGGCCGGACAAUUUUCCAUUAUGGUCCGGCUGCCAAAUUAGCACGAGUGUGUGUGUCCAUCCAUCCACCACUCUCUCCAGAUCCACUUGGUGCGUCCAUCAGAAGAGAAGAGGAACGGGUGACGUCAGCGUCCAUCGGCGUAGCUUAUAAGUAGAGGCCGGGCCAGGGUGGGGGCUCACUUUGGACCGGGAUGCCUCUCAAGGGACCUCGCAAGUUGUCCGGCGUGCCAAUCGAAUUGUCCGAUCAGAACGGACAGCGCUUCAGGGUCAACCGGGUAGACUCGAUCGCCGUCGGCAUGCACCGCGACUCGGACAACAAAACGCUGAGCGCGUUGCCGGAGGACGACGUGCUGGACACGUCGAACGGCCACGCCAACCUGGCCUUCGACUCAGGCGACGAGGAGGACGAGUCGAGGGACGCGUUGCCGCCGAUGGCCGUCACCAACAGCCGCCGGCCCUCGCUGCAGUACCAGUACACGUUGGCCGGCACCGGCACCGUCUACGGCGGCAACCUCGUCCAGCAAACCAGAGAGGCGCUGCCCAGGCUGGACAACUACCGCGACCUUGCGUCCAUCGCCGCCGGACACCGGCCAACCUUAGACGAGCUCAGGGAAAAUGCCAAACUUGAAAAGGCCAACGAGCAAGGUGAGGCGCAGGAAGAAGCCCAGACAGGCGCAAUCAAAUUCGGCUGGAUCCAGGGCGUGUUGGUGCGAUGUCUGCUCAACAUCUGGGGUGUGAUGCUAUUCCUGCGUCUCUCAUGGGUCGUCGCCCAGGCAGGAAUCAUCGAAGCAUGCGUGGUUGUUCUGCUCUCAGCCACCGUCACAACCCUCACGGCGCUUUCCAUGUCGGCAAUCAGCACAAAUGGACUCGUGAAAGGAGGUGGAAUCUACUUUAUGAUAUCGAGAUCGCUCGGGCCAGAGUUCGGCGCAGCCGUGGGUCUAGUUUUUUCGAUGGCGAACGCCGUCGGCGUGGCUUUACACACGGUUGGUUUCGCCGAGUCUAUGAACGACAUGUUGCGUGCGAUGGACGUCAAAAUCAUCGACAACAGCACCAACGACAUAAGGAUAGUUGGUACCAUCGCCGUCACCAUCCUUCUGGCCAUUUGUAUUAUUGGCAUGGAAUGGGAGGCAAAGGCGCAAGUCGGUCUUUUGGUCAUUUUGCUCUGUGCUAUCGCCGAUUUCUUGAUUGGUGGAUUCCUCGGCCCUCUUGACGACACCGAGUACGCGAAAGGAUUUGUAGGGAUGAAUGCUACGUUAUUUGUGGACAACUUAAUGCCGGAUUUCCGAGUGGUCGACGGCAAGAUGCACAACUUCUUCUCCGUCUUCUCAAUUUUCUUUCCAUCGGCCACUGGCAUUUUGGCAGGCGCCAACAUUUCAGGCGACCUCAAGGAUCCUUCUUCCAACAUCCCCAAGGGCACCUUGCUGGCCAUUCUGCUGACCACCCUGUCCUACAUCAUGUUCGUUCUGAUCGCCGGCGCCGCCGUCGUCAGGGACGCGUCGGGCAACGUCAUGGAAAUCGCGGGAUGGCAGUUUGCCAAUUGCACUGGCAGGGAAUGCCACUGGGGCCUCCACAAUAGUUUCCAGGUUAUGGAGCUGGUUUCCGUUUUUGGCCCUCUGAUCUACGCCGGUUGCUUCGCUGCAACUCUCUCCUCAGCUCUGGCCUGUCUCGUUUCAGCCCCCAAAGUGUUCCAAGCUUUGUGCAAGGACAAACUCUACCCCUACAUUGAGUGGUUCGGAAAGGGUUACGGCAAGAGUGGAGAAGCUUACAGGGCUUACGUUUUGACCUUCGUCAUUGGCGUUGCAUUCAUCCUAAUUGGUGAUUUGAACGCAAUUGCACCCCUGAUAUCCAACUUUUAUUUGGCCUCCUACACCCUGGUCAAUUUCUGCACGUUCCACGCAUCCCUCACCAAGCCCAUCGGCUGGCGUCCGACCUUUAAAUACUACAACACGUGGCUCAGUUUGCUGGCCACCAUUAUCUGCGUCUCCAUCAUGUUCCUGAUCAGUUGGGUGACGGCACUCAUUACCUACAUCGCUGUCAUAACGCUUUAUCUAAUCGUCAUGUAUCGAAAACCAGAUGUAAAUUGGGGCUCAACAACGCAGGCCCAGACGUAUUCGGCUGCGAUGGGCCAGUUGCAGAAACUGGAUUCGCAGCAGGAGCACGUCAAAAAUUAUCGUCCUCAGAUUCUCCUUUUGUGCGGCAAACCCUCAGCCAGACCCACCUUGAUCGACUUUGCAAACCUCGUGACCAAAAACUUGGCACUUUUGAUCUGCGGAAAUAUUGAAAAGACCUCGUACACCCAUAAAGCGAGAAUCGUGGUUAGCGACCGUGGCAACAGGUGGUUACACGAGCACCAGAAGAUCAAAGCUUUCUACGCCGUCGUUGACGGAAUGAACUUUGAAGAGGGUGCUCGGGCUUUAAUUCAGGCCUCAGGCGUCGGCAAGAUGAAGCCCAACAUUCUUCUUAUGGGAUACAAGGCUGACUGGAAAAAUUGCAACGCUGAUGACUUGAAAGAAUACUUCUCCGUUCUCUCGACCGCACUGGACAACCACAUGGGCAUCGCCAUCCUGCGCACCAGAGAUGUGAUGGACUACACAGGGGUGAUUGCCGGCGAAGAGGAAAUGGAUCAGUUGUAUGCGCAAAAGAUGCAGCCCCACAACGACCUCUCGAAGGCAGAGUCCGGAGUUAGUGUUUCUUCAGAAAUGACUCCUCCUGCUACCCCAGAAAACGCGAGAAUUACGUCCGACAUUGUUGUCAUGUCCAAAGAUGACAAAAAGAAGGCAAAAAAGAAGGACAAUGAACUGGAUUACAAGAGCACCGGUGGAGGCGAUUUGCCGCAGGAGGUGAUUGACAACCUGAACCAGUUUAUCAGCAAGAAAAAGAACGGUUGCAUUGACGUGUGGUGGCUUUACGAUGACGGAGGACUCACCCUGUUGCUUCCCUACAUCAUCAAUUCCAGGAGCAACUGGGAAAACUGCCGCCUCAGAGUUUUCGCCCUCGCCAACUCCAAGGACGACCUUGAAAUGGAGCAAAUCAGUAUGGCCAACUUGCUGUCCAAGUUCAGAAUCGACUACUCUGAUCUGAUCAUGAUUCGCGAAAUCACCAGAAAGCCACAGGAUUCUAGCAAGGCGUUCUUCAAACACCUAAUUCAAGACCUAAGAGCACCUAAAGGACUCCCUGCUGACGCUGAGGGAAAAGGUAAAUCUUUCAGAAAACUCGGUUACAAUUUAUUUAUUGAACUUGUUGAAUUAGAGGGAAAAAUUUCGGACGCUGAACUGCAGGCAAAUAGAGAAAAAACUGGACGGCAUUUGAGGCUGCGUGAACUUUUGCAGGAAAAUUCCAAACAAUCCAAUUUGGUCGUCAUGACAAUGCCACUGCCUCGAAAGGGAGUGGUUUCGGCACCCCUGUACAUGUCCUGGCUGGAGACCCUGACAAGAGACAUGCCGCCCUUCCUGCUUGUCAGAGGCAACCAAUCUUCCGUCCUGACAUUCUACUCGUAAAUCUUGGCACAAAUUUCAAAGUUGCACCCUAUACCAGCAUGACUUGUACAAACGGUUACUGAUUAAUUAAUCACUAUAACUGUAUAGUAUUUUUUUUAGUUGUUCGAAACUGUAUCAUAUUUUGAAAAACUACUGUUGUCCUUUUGCAACGUGUUUUGUAGAAACACAAAUACAAAGUUAUGUUAGCCCUAGAACUGCAUCACUGUUGUAAUUUAUGCGUUAAGUUAAUAAAAAAAGACAUAUUUAGUGGAA